AUGAAGGAGAUCGAUGCGUCUUUUAGUUUGUCCGGUUUGCCAGAUGCCUAUUUGACUUUACUUAAGCAGACUCUGACCGAAGAGAGUAAGUAUAACGAGAUUGACCAAAAGAUUAAUAAUGAGAUUAUUACUUUGCUUUUGAAUGAGUGUGCAACCCUAGAUGAAGAAAGAGAAGAGAUGGAGCGUAGUACAGCCGAAUUAACUCAAGCCCAAACUGAGAUUGAAGAACUCAACCAAACACUAGCCGAUCAGGAAAAGAUCUUAAAAGACCGAGAUCUAGCUAUCUCUAUUAAAGAAAAAGAAGCUAAAGAGUACCUCCGGCGCCAAAAGGACCUUGAAACAACCAUCACUAAGACCCAAGCUGAAAUUGACCGACUUAACUUAGCAAUCAAUCAGGCCCAACAAGAAGUCAGUUUAGAAAGGACUAAAACCUCACAACUAGAGGAAACAAAGGCACAAAUAACUCAGCAAAGUCAAGCUGAAGCCCAAGCUAGAUCUUCUCUUCUCCAAACUCUAACCGAAACUCAAGCUAAACUCGAAGAGACUUUACAAUCACUUCGUCUUGAAAAGGAAGCUAAGACUCAAAUUCAAUUAGAAACCGAGCGAUUGACUCAACUCAUCCAAACAAAAACUCAAGAUUUAGAAGGUAAGCAAACCAGCCUGCUUAAAAAGGAAGAGCAUAUUGCCACUCUUGAACACUCACUAGCCCAGGCCAAACAAAUUCAAACGGAACAAGAAGAAGCUCUCUACCGCCAAGAAAGAGAUCUUAAACGUCGUAUUGAAGAACUUGAAAGUCAAAUUGCCCGCCAUCCUACUAAUACACCGGCUACUACUGAAGAAUUAGCUCAAAUUAGGAUCGAGAAUGAGAUUAGUAAGGCUAAGGUAGAAGAGAAGGAUAAAACUAUUGCUAUUCUUCAGGGUACGAUUCAGCGGUUAGAAGAUUUACUGGCUAAGCAAAUGCAGUGUGUUUCGGAGCGUAGUCCUAUCUCUUAUCCACCGCCUGAGUUCUUCUCACAAUUACUUCUGGCUAAAGAGAACCGGCCUGAGCCUGAUCGACCUACUCUACCCGGUCCUCGUCCUUCUCUCAACCAGCCUCCGGCCCAGCAUGCUCCUAUUGCUCAAGUCCGAUCUCCUCUUCUUUCUCCCCAAGCCACCACUACUACUCCUUCUCUAGGCAAGUCAACGGCCAAUCCACUUACUAGUUCAACUCCAGCUAACUCCGGACCAACUCAACCUAGGGCGGCGGCUAAGAAGAGCAGUACGACUUCGGCCCCGGAGAAAAAGCGCCCGGACUCGACUGGUCUACCGGCCCAGAAGAAGAAAGGCCCGAUUAUGGACUUCAAGAAAGAGCUUUCCAAGCGAAGCGCCAAGAAGUCACCUAGCCGCACAGUUACACCCGCCCAAUCCACACCCGAGUCUCCUAAAGACGAGCCCGCCACCGAAAAGAAGGAUUUCAGUAAGCUCUUUAGCAAACCCCAGUCCAAAGGCAUCUUUUCUGGAAAGCCAGAGGCAUCUUCAUUCUUUGCCAACCUUUCGUUUUCUGAUUACGAGCCCGAAGGUCAGGACAAAGACUAA